AUGGGUCGGAAAGCCAAAUUUGAUGAAUCAGUAAAGGUUAAAAAAGGACCGGGUAGGAAAGCGAGGAAGCAGCCUGAUCCUGUAUUCAAAAAAGGACUAAUUGAUGAUGACAAUGAAGAAAAGAAAUUGAGCCAUAGACAAAAACAGAGAGCUGCUAGGAGGCUUAAAAAAAAGAAAGAACUUCUUGAAAAGAAAAAAGCUUUGAAAGAAGCAAAGAAGAAUGUUGCAAAGGUAAAUGAGAAAGUAGUCGAGGACAAAUCCGAAGAUGAAUCUGAAGAUUCAGAACAAGAAAAUGUGGAAGGUUUUACAGAUGACAACAAAGAGUGGCUUAAACCUAAACAGAAGAGUAAAUCCAAAGAAUACAAUUCAGAAGAUGAUGAGGAUGAGUCUGGAAGUGAUCAAGAAGUUGUAGAAGAUGAAGAUGUUGAGGAAGCACCAGAAAAAACUGGGAAAGAAAAAUAUAAGGUUGGCAAACUUGAUGAUUUAUUCGUAGACACAGAUGAGGAACAAGAAAAUGAACCUGAUGAAGAUGAUGAUGCUGAAAAUGAGAAUAAAAUGGACUAUAACUCAGACUCUAGUGAUGAAGAGAAAGAUGAUGACGAUGAUGAUGAUGACAUGUUACCAAUCGAGAAAGCUAAUAUCAAACUUAAAAAGAAACAAAAGAUGGAAAAGAAACUUGCCGAUGAUGAAUUGCAACUGAACAUUUCUAAACAAGAUGUAUUUGCAUUCCCCUCUGAAGAGGAACUGCAGAAUCCUACGAGCUUACAAGACAUCCAUCAAAGAAUAAAAGACGUUGUGACCGUUUUGAGUGAUUUCAACCGUUUGAAGGAUCAAGAGAGAUCAAGGUGUGAAUACACUGAACUAUUGAUGAAAGACUUAUGUAUGUAUUACAGUUAUAAUGAAUUUCUCAUGGAAGUUCUCAUGCAAAUAUUUCCAGUACAGGAAUUAGUGGAAUUUCUUGAAGCGAGUGAAGUAGCUCGACCAUUGACUAUUAGGACUAAUAGCUUGAAGACGAGAAGAAGGGAUUUAGCUCAAGCCUUAAUUAAUAGAGGAGUUAAUUUAGAUCCCGUUGGAAAGUGGAGCAAAGUUGGUCUUGUAAUUUAUAGUUCUACAGUACCAAUCGGUGCUACUCCGGAAUAUUUGGCGGGCCAUUAUAUUUUACAAGGGGCAUCUAGUUUCUUACCAGUAAUGGCUUUAGCGCCACAAGAGAAUGAAAGAAUAUUAGACAUGUGUGCGGCGCCUGGUGGUAAAGCAUCGCAUAUAGCUGCAAUCAUGAAAAAUACAGGCGCCUUAUUUGCUAAUGAUGCUAAUAAAGAUAGAACUAAAGCGAUUGUGGGUAACUUCCACAGGUUGGGAGUUGUUAAUGCUGUUAUAUGUAACUAUGACGGCCGUCAAUUCCCAGAGGUCAUUAAGGGUUUCGAUAGAGUAUUACUUGAUGCCCCUUGCACAGGAACAGGGGUUAUAGCUAAAGAUCCCAGUGUGAAAACGUCAAAGGAACAAAAGGAUAUUCAGAGAUGUUUCAAUCUUCAAAGGCAACUUUUACUUGCCGCUAUAGAUUGUUGUAAUGCUAAAUCCAGUACAGGAGGUUACAUUGUUUAUUCCACAUGUUCUAUAUUACCGGAAGAAAAUGAAUGGGUUGUAAAUUAUGCAUUGAAAAGAAGGAAUGUUAAGUUAGUGCCGACCGGCCUUGAUUUUGGAACAGAGGGAUUUGUUAAAUACAGACAUCAUAGAUUCCAUCCAUCAUUAAAACUAACAAGAAGAUUCUAUCCUCAUACACAUAAUAUGGACGGCUUCUUUGUAGCUAAAUUUAAAAAGUUCUCUAAUGUUAUACCCGAGCCAUUUAAGGAUGAAGACGAUGAAGAAAUAAAGGAAGAUGCAGAACAAAAUGGUGAUGCAACAAAUCAGGAGAAAUCUAAAAUAAAAAAUACACCAGCAAAGAGGCCAGCAGAAUCUGUUGCUGUUGAACCACAGAAUAAAAAAACCAAAACCACAGAUGAAACAAAUGGUAUUGGUGACAACACUUCAAAAGGUCAAGAUAAUUCAAAACAGGUGCAAAAGAAAAACAAAAAUAAGAAAAAUAAAAAGAAAAACAAACCUCAAGAGAAUCAAAAAGCAGAUAGUAGUAAAGGUGACAAUGUAAAAAAUGUCGUAGAAACGAAAACUGAAGUGACAGAAACAAAAGACUCUAAAGUAGAACCUAAAUUAAAAGGCAAAAAGAAUAAAAAGGCGAAACAGAACAAAGCUAAAAUGGCAAAUGAAGAACCAAGCAAACAAAAUAAAGGUAAUAAUGUUCAAACAAAACAAAAUCAAAGUGUGAUCAAGGAAGAAACAAAAACAAAUGCAAAAGGUAAUGUGGCCAAAGCGCAAACGACAAAUCAAACUGCAGUGACAUCGAAAGCAUCAAACAAAGUGGAAAAUGAUAGUAGUAGUAGUCCGAAAAAGAAUAAAAAUAAGAAGAAAAAUAAAAAGAAGGGCGGAGCAAACGCGCCAACUGUCACAGUGAACACGAAUAAAGAAAAAAUUACCGAAAAAAUGGAAAUUGAGGCGUCAAAAAAACUUAAAAAUAAGAAUAAGAAAAAAGUUGUCGGCCAACUGAAUAAGGAUAAAGCCAAAUCAGGAAAUAAAGCGGCAGCAAAACUGAAUAAAAAGAAGCAAAAGUAA